AAGAAAGAAAGCUGACUCGUUGGGGAAAUUUUUCAUCAGGACACGUACAUCACACUGAAAAAUUUCUCAAACUGGUUGCCUGGUUCCAACACAAACAAACCCACUAGUGAAGUAUAAUCCUCUUAACACACUCCAUAAAAACUCAGAACCUGAAGUAUAAUCCUCUAACACACUCCAAACACUCCCUCUCUCUCUCCUCUCUCUCCUCUUUCUGUUCUUCGUUUACCACAGUUCCUGAUCUCUGGAAUGAUCCACCGCCAUGGCUCACCAAGCCGAAUCGUCCGACUGGAAGAAGGAGGACUUGUGGACGGCAAUUCUGGGGCGGAAGAAGUCGCCGAACCGUCUCGUCGUUGAUGAGGCUGUAAACGACGAUAACUCCAUCGUUGCUAUGCAUCCCGAAACCAUGGAAAAGCUACAGAUUUUCCGUGGCGACAUCAUCCUCAUCAAGGGGAAGAAACGAAAAGACACAAUCUGCAUUGCACUUGCUGAUGACACCUGUAAAGAGACAAGAAUCAAGAUGAACAAGGUUGUCAGGUCGAAUUUAAGGGUUCGACUUGGGGAUGUUGUGUCUGUACAUCAAUGCCCUGAUGUUAAGUAUGGGAAGAGUGUUCACAUUCUGCCUAUUGAUGACUCUAUACAAGGAGUUACGGGAAAUCUCUUUGAUGCCUUUUUGAAACCUUAUUUCUUGGAAGCUUACCGCCCUGUGAGGAAAGGAGAUCUGUUCCUUGUCAGAGAAAGAAUGAGAAGUGUAGAGUUUAAGGUCAUUGAAACAGACCCAAGAGAAUAUUGUGUGGUUGCCCCUGACACUGAGAUCUUUUGUGAGGGUUUCCCCGUGAGAAGGGAGGAUGAGGAAAGGUUGGAUGAAGUUUGUUAUGAUGAUGUGGGUGGUGUUAGGAAGCAAAUAGCUCAAAUCCUCAGUUGCGUUCUUCUUGAGCCUACCGUUUUUCCUGAAGAGGUUUUUUCUCCUAAGGAGCAGGCUUCAGUUGAAGAAUGGGCAUCGUGGCAUGAUGCCCUCAAAAAGCUCAAGCAUAGUCUUGCCAAUGAAGCUAGGGUGUUAAGUUCGGUUGAGGAACUGAUUCCUUCUGGCGAGGCCUUUUCUUCCCAGGUUGACUUUAGGGGAGUGAAGGUUCGUUCUGGAUUAGUUGAGGCGUUGAGCAAGUUCUUUGAGUGUGCUGAUGAUGCAGAUGUGAGCUUGAUAGGUUUAUCUCCCUUUAUGCGUGGGAUGAUCUUUGAAGAGCUUGGGCUUCUGCUUUACAAUAUGGAGCACACUUCCUCAAUAGAACUCACAAAGCACAAACUGUUAUGUUGGCGUGACAUGAUCAGCGAUGUAGCCGCUUUGGGCGUGCCGGUGGGUUCUCUAAUUGAGAGGCUGGAAGAGUUCCGCGAUACCAUGUUUGGACUUCAAUUUGAAAGGAAAGGUGUCUUGGAUCAAUUCAUUAAAGUCAACAAAUUGAUGCGUGCUCUCGAACUGCAACUUAAGGAACUAGAGGUUGAGAAGCUCAAAUUAAAGAAGUUGGUUCGUGGAAGCUCCAAGGAAAUAACAGUGUGCCUUCAGCUUGCAGCAAAUCAGUUGCUUGUUGACACCUCUAGCAGUUCUUCUGAGAUAGCAUGAACCUUGAGAUGUUGCUGCAUCAGGCUAUGAAGAAGAUUGAUUUCCUCACUCCACCUUUACUUUUAUUUGUAAUUUUCGUUUGGACAGCUAGCUUAUGGCUUUUCGAACAAUGGUCAUAGGGUCACUUUGCUUUGUAUUUUUCUUAUUUUCCUUCGACUCUUUCCUUUGGUUUUGAUGCUGAUAUUGAUUGUAUCAUAAUGCUUGCAAUGUCUUUACUCUUCUUGCCAUGAUAUUGGCUUUUUCAUGCA